AUCGCUUUAUCCCAGCACGGAUGCCGUGUCCUCACACCCACGAUCCCGGGCUGAGCUGGCUGUGCCCCAUGUGGAGCUGCCGAUGUCGCAGGAGCGCGGCGUGCAGGAGCGGCCGGAGAGUCGUGAAGAAGAUGACAGAAAAGUAAGGAGGAGAGAAAAGAAUCGAGUUGCUGCACAGAGGAGCCGGAAGAAGCAAACUCAAAAAGCAGAUAAACUUCACGAGGAAUAUGAGUCUCUUGAGCAAGAAAAUACCUCCCUGAAAAGAGAAAUCGGAAAGCUAACAGAUGAAAUGAAACACUUGAGUGAAGUGUUGAAGGAUCAUGAAAAGAUCUGUCCACUAUUGCACUGCACCAUGAACUUUGUGACCAUACCAAGGCCUGAUGCACUUGCCAGCUGCCUACCAAGAUGAGUGCUCUCCUCAAUCACCUCUCAGUGUGAUGUGUGAAAAUACCAUUAACAGGAGGUUUCAAGAACUACCUAGAGUGCAGUUUUUCCAUUGAAGAGGGCUGGACUCGACCAUGCAGCUCUACUCCACGUUGAAUUGUUACAGUCUUCUGAAUCUCAGGAAAACACCAGUAUGGAAAAAAAGACAAUUUGAACAGCAGCUUCUAACUUGGUAGACUCUUCAAGCCAUGGUUUUGCCUUUGGAAAUAUCAAAGUGCUGUGCAGCCCGCUAUGGAGCGAUGGAGUGUAGACAGGAAAAAGUACCAAUCUCAGUCUGGGAUGCCUUCCUCCCACACAUCCACUGCCCAGUAACCCUUUGUCACUUGUCACCCAUGCCUGUCAUGAUCUGGCUGCUGGGUUUUAUCUCUCUAAACAGGUUUGGUUAAUAAAAGUGAUGUCUCAUCUCCAUAAUGUUCUCCACUUUCUUCAGUAAUUGAUGUCUUUAUAGCAUCUCUGCUUUUCAUUUGCAGGUUAAUGCCAAAGUCUAAUGCUAAUCUUCCUGUUAGUUGUUCUAUUAUUUACUUAUCGCCUCUUCAUUGGUUCCUCUUUUGAAUGUGUGUAACAAAGGAGUUUUCAUGGUCUUUAAUAUUCCAAAUCAUCAGCCCUGCUGUCAUUAGUCCUUGGAGUGUUUUAUGUCCUAAAAUAUGGCUUGGUCAGUUUCAGAUGAUGAUUCUCUGCUCUGUAUGGAAGAAAAGCAAACAGAGUUUGAUGGUUUUAAACAUUGUUUGAAAAAGUAGAUUUUAAAAUUUACUCUGUUAAUGCACCCACUGGAAAUGAACAAGUAUCUUUAUCCUUCCUUCA